AUGCAGCUUACUUUCAAAACCUUGAAGCAGACAACAUUUACCUUGGAAGUUGAGGAAUCUGAUCUUGUUGGUGAUGUUAAGGAAAAAAUCAAGAAGUCUAGACCGAAUGAUUUUGGUGAAUCCAAAUUGAAGCUAAUCUGUUCAGGGAAAGUACUGGAGGACGACAAAAGUCUUUCGGAUUACAAAGUUACUGAUAAGAAUUUUGUCGUUGUAAUGGCUCAAAUAGUUAAGCCUUUGAAGGAAGCCCUCCCGGAGCCUAUAAAAAAGACCGAAACGUGCGCGGUUUCUCCUCCAGAAAACCCUGGGGUUUCCACCCCAACUCCUGCUCCUCCAGUUCCACCACCAUCGGAUGCAGAGGCCCCCUCUGCUCCUUCAAAUCCCUCCAAUUCGAACGACCUUUUGACUGGGGAAACCUUAGAAUCAGCUAUAAGAAACAUGAUUGAGAUGGGGUUUGAGCGCGUAAAGGUGGAACAAGCUCUUAGGAUGAGCUUCAACAAUCCUGAACGCGCUGUUGAGUAUUUGAUAUCGGGCAAUCUUCCUGAAGAAGUGGCAGAACAACCAGCGUCACAGGAUCAGCCGGUUGCGACACCUCAGCAGGGUAUCGGUUUCGAUCCAGAAUCAUUGCGAAAUCUCAGCAGUGAGGAAGUUUACCCGAUCCUUGCUCAGGUUCCUCAAUUUCAGCAGCUGCGAGCACUUCGUGGUAAUCCUCAACUUCUGUCGCAGUUCAUCCAACAACUUUCUGUCUCCUAUCCAGACGUUGUUAGGGCUAUUCACGCAAACGAAAAUGGUUUCCUCGAUUUUAUUAAUUCCGAUGCUGAGGAGACGAAUCAGGAAAGUGACCAGCCUCGACCACCUGCCCAACAUAUUAUCCGUUUGACAGAGCAGGAGAAAACUGCCAUUGAAAGAUUAAAGGCUCUUGGUUUUUCGGAAGAUGAAGUUAUUCAGGCUUAUUUUGCGUGUGAUAAGAAUGAAGAGCUUGCCGCCAAUCUCCUGCUCAGUGACAAUCAAGAUGAUGCCGUUUGA